AUGUCAGGCACAUAUUCCAAAGCCGAUGUGCAGUCGCACAACAAGGCCGAUAACCUCUGGAUCAUCGUCGACGACGAUGUUUACGACUUGACCAAGUUUCAAGUAAGCACAUGCCGCAAUCACGAACUCGCCGGCUGGCUAACACCUUUGACCNAGGAAGAGCACCCCGGUGGCAAGAAGAUCCUCCAACGAGUGGCUGGAAAAGAUGCCAGCAAGCAGUUUUGGAAGUACCACAACGAGGGCAUCCUGAAGAAAUACCAGAAGCAACUCCAGGUCGGCUCUCUGGACUCAAAGGCCAAGGCUGCUCCUCCCACACCUCCCGCUACACCUCCUCCAGCAAAGAAGGAGAAGGAGAUUGUCAAGCCCGAAGCCGAGUCUGGCACAGUGGCUCCCCAGCCUGGCGCUGAUGCCAAAGAGAUGGCCGAAGCUCUCGAUCAGUUUGGUGACAUGGUCCCUGGCGGUGACCCUAACUGGUACCAAUCUGUAAGUGCUUCAGACCCUACACUGCAGAAACCUUCUAACGUCUAUUCUAGUNAUCACUCGCCCUACUUCAACCAAUCCCACGCCGACCUCCGCGCCGAAGUCCGAGAAUGGAUGGAAAACGAAAUCAUGCCAAACAUCACCGAGUGGGACGAGGCUAGAAAAGUGCCAGACUCGGUAUACAAAGCCAUGGGCGAACGCGGAUAUCUGGCCGGUCUGAUGGGUGUCCAUUAUCCCAAGGACCUCACCGACAAGCGUGUCAAGUCUGUCGCGCCAGAGAAGUGGGAUUUGUUCCACGAGAUGCUGAUCACCGACGAAAUCUCGAGAUCUGGCAGUGGUGGCUUUGUCUGGAACUUGAUCGGUGGCUUUGGCAUCGGUGCCCCUCCCGUCCUCAAGUACGGAAAGAAAGAGCUGGUACAGAGAAUCAUGCCUGGUAUUCUGAGUGGAGACAAGAGAAUCUGCUUGGCCAUCACCGAGCCCGAUGCUGGCUCUGAUGUCGCCAACCUGACUUGCGAGGCCAAGCUGAGCGAAGAUGGCAAGCACUACAUCGUCAACGGCGAGAAGAAGUGGAUCACCAACGGUAUCUGGUCCGACUACUUCACCACUGCUGUCCGUACAGGCGGCGAGGGUAUGAACGGUGUCAGUGUGCUUCUCAUCGAGCGCAGCUUCGGCGGCGUCUCGACUAGAAAGAUGGACUGCCAAGGCGUUUGGUCGAGUGGCACGACAUAUGUCACCUUCGAGGAUGUCAAGGUACCAGUAGAGAACCUGAUUGGCAAGGAGAACCAAGGUUUCAAGCCAUCANGCCACGAACGUAUCGGCAUCAUCAUCCAAUGCCUGCGCUUCUCGCGCGUCUGCUACGAGGAAUCCAUGAAGUACGCCCACAAGCGACGAACCUUUGGCAAANAACUCAUCGAACACCCCGUCAUUCGCCUCAAGCUAGCCCACAUGUUCCGCCAGAUCGAAGCCUCGUACUCGUGGAUGGAAAACCUCAUCUACCAGUGCCAGCAAAUGAACGAAGUAGAGGCCAUGCUGAAACUCGGGNGUGCCAUUGCCGGUCUCAAAGCCCAAGCAACCACCACCUUUGAGUUUUGCGCCCGCGAGGCCAGUCAGAUCUUCGGUGGUCUCAGCUAUAGCCGCGGUGGCCAGGGCGCAAAGGUCGAACGGCUGUACAGAGAUGUCAGGGCGUACGCUAUCCCCGGCGGCAGUGAAGAGAUUAUGUUAGACUUGAGCAUUCGCCAGUCCCUGAGGGUGCACAAGGCUUUGGGCAUGAAGUUGUAA